GUAGAUAAAACCAAACUAACUUUUACCAACUUACCAGAAUAUGCUAAGAUUAUUCCCAAAGGUGUUCAUGGUUAUGCUAAUUUAAACUCUCUCACUAAUGAGGGGAAAACCAAGUUAGAAAUAUUAAAUAUUAGUGAUGAAAACCUCGAAGGAGAACUAGACCUCUCUGAUUUUAUUAAUUUAAAAGAACUAAAUUGUUCUAAUAAUAAACUCAUCUCCCUUAAUUUGAUUCCUUGCACUAAUUUGGAAGAACUUGUUUUAGCCAACAACAACUUCACUGGUUCCUUAGAUUAUUUAAGCAAUUUACAACAAUUAAAAAGGCUUGAUAUUAGUGACACUAAUAUUAAUGAAGUAAACCUAGAUAAAUUACCCAAAAGUUUAGAGAAUAUUGAAUAUUCUGCUUACCAAAGACUAAACUGUCAAUUAACUUAUAUUGUUCCUGAAUUAAGGAGAUAUGAACAUGAGGACAUAAAAAAUUUAACUGGGCCAGAAGUAAUUGAAAAGUUUAUUCGACAACAGCAGUUAAAAGAAGGAACAGAUGGUGGUUUUAGUCAGAUAUAUAAGGCUGAAUGUAGAGAAAUAAAAAAAUACGAUAAGGAUUAUAGUGAGAAUGUUGUUCUAAAAUCUCUCAACAAUUCUCAAAAUAUCACCCUGGAAUUCUUAACUGAGAUUGCUAAUACUAAGUUGGUUAGGGGUGGUUUGUUGAUAAAUAUUAAUUAUAUGGCAAAAAAAAUAGAAAUAACUUUUGGUCCCCUUGAACAUCCUUAUCGUUGUGCUAAUUGUCUUUCUCGUCUUGGUCCAGGAGGAGCCAAUACUCCCCAAACCAUUUACUUAGUAAUAUGGAGCAUAGAUACAACAAGUAUAGUUGGUGAUAAAAGACUAGAUUACUUUCCUAGUUUACCUGGAAAAAUGACACUUUUUCCCAAUGAGGAUAGUCAAGAGAAAAAGUUUUGCCAACUAUUUGACCAAGAGAUUUUUAAAACUGCUGAGGAGUAUCAAAAAGCAGAGGAUAAAUUGACUUUAAUUCAACUACGGGAAGAGUUGGAAAAAGGUGUCGGAGAGAUAGACAAUAAUCUUAUUGAAGAAAAACCGAAACUCACAUCCCAAUUA